AUAUCAGUUUGAGACCGCAAGUUUUACACUUCUUCUAUUCUUCCUCCGUUGCACUCUCUGUUUAGCCUUAUUUCAGAUCGGCGGCAAAAUUCCCACCGGCAACGAUUGUGGAUAGCAUCAGUUUUGGUGAAGCAAUGGAUAAAAUGAGUACAUUGGAAUACAUCAACCAGAUGUUUCCGACAGAGGCUUCUCUAUCUGGCGUCGAGCCACUAAUGCAAAAGAUACAGGGCGAGAUUCGUCGUGUGGAUGCUGGAAUAUUGGCUGCUGUUCGUCAACAGAGUAACUCCGGAACCAAAGCCAAGGAAGAUCUUGCUGCUGCUACACAUGCUGUGGAGGAACUCAUGUACAAGAUUCGUGAGAUAAAAACAAAAGCUGAGCAAAGCGAGACGAUGGUUCAAGAAAUAUGUCGUGAUAUUAAGAAGCUAGAUUUCGCAAAAAAACACAUUACAACUACAAUUACAGCUCUUCAUCGCCUUACCAUGCUAGUUUCUGCUGUGGAGCAACUUCAAGUCAUGGCUUCAAAACGACAAUAUAAGGAGGCAGCUGCACAGCUAGAGGCGGUAAACCAGUUAUGUAGUCAUUUUGAAGCCUAUAGGGAUAUUCCAAAAAUCACUGAGCUCAGAGAGAGGUUUAAGAAUAUUAAACAGAUAAUGAAAUCACAUGUGUUUUCUGAUUUCUCAAGCCUAGGAACUGGGAAAGAGACAGAAGAAACUAAUUUGCUGCAGCAGUUAUCUGAUGCUUGUCUUGUCGUUGAUGCCUUGGAGCCAUCUGUACGAGAGGAAUUAGUAAAUAAUUUCUGUAGCAGGGAGCUUACUUCAUAUGAACAGAUUUUUGAAGGAGCUGAACUAGCUAAAUUGGAUAAAACAGAACGAAGAUAUGCUUGGAUCAAGCGUCGAAUGAGAACAAAUGAGGAAAUCUGGAAAAUUUUUCCUACUUCAUGGCUUGUCCCUUAUCGGCUCUGCAUCCAGUUUUGUAAGAAGACAAGAAAACAGCUAGAGGGGAUCCUCAACAACCUGAAAGAAAAGCCUGAUGUUGCAACUUUAUUAUUGGCAUUACAAAGAACUCUAGAAUUUGAGGAUGAAUUGGCAGAGAAAUUUGGAGGUGGUGCUCAGAGCAGAGAUAUUGGAAAUGACAUUGAAGAAAUUGGUAAAGGGCAGAACAAUAGUCAAAAUGUAUCAGAUAUUCGAAAAAAGUAUGAAAAAAAGCUUGCUGCACAUCAAGGAAAUGGGAGUGAGGACAAGGAUGGAAACAAAGACCUGUCAGUGCCUGGAGCUGGGUUCAACUUCCGAGGAAUUGUUUCAUCUUGCUUUGAGCCUCACUUAACAGUGUAUGUAGAAUUAGAGGAGAAGACACUGAUGGAGAAUCUUGAGAAACUUGUUCAGGAAGAAACAUGGGAUGUUGAGGAAGGAAGUCAGAACAAUGUUUUGUCUAGUAGCAUGCAGUUAUUUCUUAUAAUCAAAAGGAGCCUAAAGCGCUGCAGUGCUCUGACAAAGACCCAGACUCUAUUUAACUUGUUCAAGGUAUUUCAAAGAGUCCUCAAAGCAUAUGCUACUAAGCUUUUUGCUAGACUACCGAAGGGUGGUACAGGAAUUGUUGCAGCAGCUACUGGUAUGGACGGACAGAUAAAGACAUCUGACAGGGAUGAAAGAGUGAUCUGUUAUAUUGUGAAUUCAGCUGAAUAUUGCCAUAAAACGUCUGGUGAACUGGCGGAAAGUGUAUCUAAAAUAAUUGAUUCACAAUAUGCUGAUCGAGUGGAUAUGUCAGAAGUUCAGGAUGAAUUUUCAGCAGUGAUAACCAAAGCAUUGGUUACCCUAGUGCAAGGCCUGGAAACUAAAUUUGAUGCUGAAAUGGCUGCAAUGACACGUGUUCCAUGGGGCACCCUUGAGAGUGUUGGGGACCAAUCAGGGUAUGUUAAUGGCAUCAAUAUGAUCCUUACCAGUAGUAUUCCUGUGCUUGGGAGCCUGCUUUCACCUGUUUACUUCCAGUUCUUCUUGGACAAGCUUGCAUCAUCGCUUGGGCCACGGUUCUAUGCCAACAUUUUCAAAUGCAAACAGAUAUCAGAAACUGGAGCCCAACAAAUGCUAUUGGAUACUCAAGCUGUAAAGACAAUUCUUCUGGACAUUCCUUCGCUUGGUCAUCAGACAUCUGGUGCUGCUGGCUACUCAAAAUUUGUUAGUCGUGAGAUGAGCAAAGCUGAAGCACUUUUGAAGGUCAUACUCUCUCCAGUUGAUUCUGUUGCAGAUACAUAUCGUGCAUUGCUACCAGAGGGAACACCUAUGGAGUUCCAGCGUAUUCUGGAACUAAAGGGCCUCAAGAAAGCAGAUCAGCAGGGUAUACUGGAUGACUUCAACAAAGGUGCUCCAGCAAUUUCACAACCUUCUAGUACAGCAUCAGUAGGCCCAGCUGCCCCGCUUCCCUCAGUUGUCACUACAGCUCUGACUCCAGCUUCCGCUUGGGCUUCAGCUUCAACCGUUAUAAAUCCUGCUUCAGUUGGAUUUAUUGCUUCUCGGGAGGAUGUGCUAACAAGGGCAGCAGCACUUGGACGGGGUGCAGCAACAACUGGGUUCAAGAGGUUUCUUGCUUUAACUGAAGCUGCUAAAGAUCGGAAGGAUGGCCCUUUCAGGAAGCUCUUCAAUGCUUAAGAACGGUACAUAGCUGCAAAUGUGUUUUUAUUUUUUACGUUUCAAUACUUCUUUUUAACUGUACUUGCAUAUCCACUAUUCUUUUCAAAUAGAAAAAAAAUUCUCUAUAUUAUUUUUUGUUUUCAAGUUCACAGUAGUAUCGAACUCAAAC